AUGUUCAUGCUAAGAAGUUUAUGUUUUUCUGUAGUUGUUUCUAUGCUGAUGUUUUUUGUUGUGCUGUUUUUUAUAUGUGUUGCUGUUUUUCCCCUUUUUUAUUUCUUUGUUUUCCCCAACUCUCUCAAGGAAUGUAAGUCGAAGAACCGAUGGGUGGAUGGUGGCACUGAGCGGGGUUUUAUUCUAAUGGGAGUAUACACCGCCGUGAUGUGGAACAAUAUUUGGAACUGGGGAAUCGCAAUCAAACGACAGCAGAAUAAGAAAUACACUGGACAGCCCAAUGGAGUGUGGAACUAUAAUAAUAAUGAAAUGGGACAGUUAUUUAAAGAAGAGGAAAAAAGAAGUAUGCUGGAUUGGAGAAUAGCUUUCCAUAUACGUAUUUAUUUAUUCUGGCGCAUUUGCAUGUAA